AUGAUUUGGCUUUUGGCAUUGUGCUCACACUCUGGUGAGACAAUUUUUUAUUCAGGACACACAGAUGGAUAUCACCAUGAAGGGGUGGGCAUCCUUGUCGACAAACAGACGAGAAAGAGUUUGUUAGAAUGGAGUCCUGUUACCUCCAGAAUAAUAAGAGCGAGAUUCUUCUCCAGAUAUGCGAAGACCACCAUCAUCCAAUGUUAUGCACCUACUCAACAAGCCGAGGAAGAGGAAAAAGACUUGUUCUAUAUCAGACUUCAGGAAGAGAUACUUAAGACCCCAUGCCACGACAUCCUGAUUUUGAUGGGCGACUUCAACGCUGAAGUCGGUUCCAAUAACGACGAGUAUGAAGCAUGUAUGGGGCGGGAAGGAGUUGGAGAGAGAAAUGAUAAUGGUCAACGAUUUGUAGAUUUAUGUCUUGAGAAUGGACUGGUGAUAGGUGGAACAAUUUUCCAACACAAGACAAUACACAAAUUGACGUGGAUAUCACCAGAUGGGAAAACCAGGAACCAAAUUGAUCACAUUGUGAUCAAUCGAAAGUGGAGAGGGUCGUUGUUGGACACCAGAGUAUCAAGAAGUGCAGAUGUAGGUGGCGAUCAUCACCGUGUAUUGAGUAAGCUUCAGAUAAAACUGAGAAAGAUGAAGAAAGUUUAUGGGCAACAAAUUUUCGACUCAAGGAAGUUGAAAGAACCAUCGGUAAAGGCACAGUUCAUACUGGAGCUCUCAAAAAAGUUUCAACUUCUAAAUGAUUUGCGAACUGGUAAUAUAAACACUAUUUGUGACAACGUUGAGAAGGUAUAUGUGGAGGCCAGCAAGACAGUGCUUGGCUAUAAGAGAAGAGAGUGGAAAGUAUGGAUUUCAGAUCAUACAUACAAACUCAUUGAGGAGAGGAAGAUAGCAAAAUUACGUAUGCUGACUGGAAGUGGUGAACAACAGAAAGCUGCAAAUGAAGAAUACAGGGAGAAAAACAAGGCUGUGAAGAGAAGUGUUCGAAAAGAUAAAAGGGAUUAUAUUACCAGUCUGUCAAGAGAGGCACAGUCAGCAGCCAUGCUAAAAGCCGACCUGAAUAUGAGUGCCGGGAUUCUAGAGGAGCUAUUCAACAAGGCAUGGGAAGAAGAGAAAGUACCUGAAGCAUGGAAGAAAGGUAUCAUUGUGAAAUUACCAAAGAAGGGUGAUUUGUCUUUGUGUGAUAAUUGGAGAGGUAUAAACCUGUUAUCAGUGCUCGGGAAGGUUUUCUGCAGAGUCCUGUUACAGAGAAUAAGACAAGCAGUAGAAGAGGUCCUGAGGGAAGAACAAACAGGAUUUAGAAGUGGGAGAGGAUGCGUUGAUCAGAUAUUUGUAUUACGUAUGAUAAUGGAACAAUCCCUUGAAUGGAACUCGCCACUGUUCAUUAACUACCUUGAUUUCAAGAAGGCAUUUGAUAGCAUCCGCCAUCCAUCUCUCUGGAAUAUCCUAAAAACAUAUGGAUUCCCUCCGAAAGUUAUUAACAUCCUCAAAGAUAUGUAUGCUGAUAAUAAGUGUUGUGUUCACCAUGAAGGACAGUGGAGCGAGUGGUUCCAUGUGAGAACGGGAGUUAGACAAGGAUGUGUUAUUUCGCCCAUCCUAUUUCUUGUGGUUAUAGACUGGGUGAUGCGGAAAGCCACCGAA